AUCUUUCUUUACCUCCAUAAAGAAAAAUGGGAAAGUUUUUGUCGAUACACAAAUCCUUCUUGCAUGGCGCAAUGAAGCUAGUCGGGAUGACGACUCAAGCAGUCGAGAUCGAGCCAGGGACGGUCUUGAACUUCUGGCUUCCAACAGAUACAACUAACAACAAGCCAGCUCUGGUGUUUCUUCACGGGUUUGCGUUCGAUGGUAUUCUAACUUGGCAAUUUCAGGUGCUAGCCUUGGCCAAAACGUAUGCAGUCUACGUUCCGGAUUUUCUCUUCUUUGGCGGCUCGUUCACGGACCGACCUGAGCGGACAGUGGAGUUUCAAAGUGAGUGUAUGGCUAGUGGACUGAGGAAACUCGGCGUGGAGAGGUGCACCUUGGUUGGGCUCAGUUAUGGCGGGAUGGUGGCGUUCAAAAUGGCUGAGAUGUACCCUGACUUGGUUGAAUCGAUGGUGGUGACUUGCUCAGUCAUGGCGUUAACGGAGUCUGUCAGCAAUGCUGCGCUUCAUAGAAUCGGUUUCUCUAGCUGGCCGGAUUACUUGCUUCCUAAAACGGCCGACGGUGCGAAGACUCUCCUUGACAUCGCCACUUACAAUCUGCCAAGACUUCCCCAAUUCAUUUACAAAGAAAUUUUGGAGACGAUUUCUAUCUACAGAAAGGAGAAAACUGAGGCUCUGGUUAUAAGUGAUAGGGAAUGA